UCUUUUUUAAUUUUUACUUAAAUUGCUGUUGACCAUUGCCUCACAGGUGGGACUUCCCUUAAAUGAUCCCGCCUAAUGAGGUAUUGAGCUAAAGAAGAUGAGCAUUAAACUCCGUGAUGUGAAUGGGAUUCCACUUAAUCUUGGCUUAGAUCCAGACUGGAUAGCUUCAAUUCCAGACUUUCCUGUCUCUCCUGGUGACCUCUAUGUCGCCACUUAUCCAAAAUCCGGCACAACUUGGGUCCAGCAGAUUAUGUCUCUCGUACAGAAAGGAGGAGAAAAGGAGACUCAUCUUCUUUUUGACGUACCUUGGCUGGAAUUUAUGGGAAAAGACCGUGCACUUGCUCUUUCACCUCCUCGUACUCUAAAGUGUCAUUUACCAUAUCACAUGAUGCCUGGAAGAGACCCUGCUAACUCCACUGGCAAGUAUAUCUAUGUAGCACGCAAUCCUAAAGAUGUAGCUGUGUCCUUUUACUAUCACACAAAGCGUCUCUUACCUUAUGAAUUUACUGGUGACUGGGAUUGCUUUUUUGAAUGUUUUAUGAAAGGAGAAGUCGACUUUGGAUCUUGGUUUGAUCACAUCCUUGACUGGUGGAAGCACAAAGAUGCUGAGAAUAUUUUGUUCUUAAAGUAUGAAGAUUUAAAGAAGGAUUUGUCUGGAUCAGUGAAGACCAUAGCCCAAUUCAUGGGGUAUAGUCUUGACGAUGCAACAAUUGAGAAGAUAACUAGACAGAGUACAUUCGAUAGUAUGAAAGACGACCCACUGGCCACUUAUGAUAAAGUACCAGAUGUACAGAAAGUUCUAGCUAGUGAUGCAACACCUUUCAUACGUAAAGGAAUUAUAGGUGAUUGGAAGAAUCAUUUCAGUCCUGAGCAGUCAGCAAGGUUUGAUGCUGAAUAUACCAAAAGAAUGUCAGGAACUGACUUAGAAUUUGACUUUGAAUAAUGAUCAUAAUUCCAGAUAUCUUUAUAUUUUUAGAAUUUGCUAAAUUGCUACUAUACUAUAUACAAAUGCUGUGUUCAGUUUUGGACUCAAAAAAUCAUUUUUUACAAUUAAA